UCCAGCGCAAGGCCAUCGAGCGCUUCUGUAGCGAGGUGAAGCGGCUGUGCCAUGCCGAGCGCAGGAAGGACUUUGUCUCGGAGGCCUACCUGCUGACCCUGGGCAAGUUUAUCAACAUGUUCGCAGUCUUGGAUGAGCUGAAGAACAUGAAGUGUAGCGUCAAGAAUGACCACUCUGCCUACAAGAGAGCGGCCCAGUUCCUAAGGAAGAUGGCGGACCCCCAGUCCAUUCAGGAAUCUCAGAACCUGUCUAUGUUCCUGGCCAAUCACAACAGAAUCACCCAGUGUCUUCACCAGCAAUUGGAAGUGAUUCCAGGCUACGAGGAACUGCUGGCAGACAUUGUUAACAUCUGUGUGGAUUACUAUGAGAAUAAGAUGUACCUGACACCCAGCGAGAAGCACAUGCUGCUCAAGGUAAAGCUUUCCCACCUCACAC